AUGAGGCUUUUCAUCGUUUUACUGCUCUCACUUCACACUUCCAAUGCACAAAUUUGCGCAUCAGAAGUGCAAUGUCCAGAGGGAUCAAAAUGUGUUGCUUCUAGUCUUGGCUACAGUUUGUGUUCGAAAAUUGGCGCGGGCGCCCAGGUGGAUUAUCCGACACCACCGUCGUUUUAUUGCAAUACUGAUAAAGACUGUGCAGCAUCGCAAAUAUGUGCUCAUGCACCUCAAGGAAUUGGAAUUUGUCAGGAAUCUAGCUCCGUCUCUUGCGUCUCCAACAAUGAUUGUCGUGAUGGUGAAACGUGCGUUAUGCUUCCGAAUCUCCAAACGACUUGCCAAGUUACAGUAGGCGGCCAUGUCCAAGCAAAUAUGAAAUCAGUACAAGUCGGUGGCGUGGGACUAUCCUGUCAACGUGAUUCUGAUUGUGGAGCUCAACAAAGAUGUGUGGACUACCACGGUCAAUGGAAAUGCAUGGCAACGAUCGACCUUAGUGAAUGCCACACUAGUAUGGACUGUGCCCAAGGAAAGAUUUGUGCAUAUAGCACGUUUGUUUCAAGAAACAUUUGCGUCGAUCCAGCAAACCUAACAAUCGGUGGAAAUGUCGGAUCCGGAUCGGGUGCGAGUCCGACGAUUGGAGGCAAUGUCGGGCCCGGUUCAGGUACGAAACCAACGAUCGGUGGCAAUGUUGGAUCGGCGAAUGCAUACAUGAGUAAUGGAAUUUUGCAAGAGGAUGAGAAUGCUACAACAGUGACUACAGCACCGUAUACUGUCAAGUCGUCCACGAUUACAUCUGCUGCCAUUGCAGUGAUUGGCAAAUCCGAAGACGGGGACAAAGUCAAAAUUUUGAAGACACGAUACGCUGUAAUGAGACAACCACAAGUCGUUCCAAAACAAGCAGUCAUCGAUCCAGCCGCUUUACCUUGUGAAUUUGAUUAUCAGUGCCGUAUGGGUGAAAGCUGCUCCAGUGUAAUAGCCUUGGUGGACAGAAAUAUUACGGUAUGCCAAUAUGACGUCACGAAAGAGGAUCGCAUGUGUAUUUAUCACGCUGAUUGUCUUCAGGGACAGCUAUGCACGCGAAAUAAAAACGGGACCUAUGUCUGCACAGCAUCCAUAGAAGCGGCUUUAGGAACAGUGGCAUGUACUUAUGACUAUGAAUGUUCAGGCGGUGAAAAAUGCACGAAUAUAGCAGAUCAAGGCAAAGAAAAGAUUUUUCGCUGUCGUCAAUCACCAUACAAGGAUCCACGUCAUGAUCAACCAUGUCGAACAAAUGCCGAAUGCCCUUAUCAGCAGGUUUGUCGUCGCGUUGCUGGUGUCGCUUUAUGUGUUGACAUCGUUGCAUCAACUGAUCCCGCAGCCAUGCUGAAUCUUCAAAGAAAAGUUGUCAAAUUUGUACAGGACUUAAUUUUUGCCCGAAUUUAA